AUGUUCGUAAAUAUAUUAUUGAUUCUGAUUUUAUGUAUACAAUUAAUUCAAUUUGCCAAAGGUUCAAUUAAUUAUACCCGUUUUGGUGUUGCAGAAAGCUACUCAACAAGCCUGAAUGCUGCCAAUCGUUUAUAUAGAGAACUCUUUCAAAAUCGGAAUUAUUACAAAGAUUUGGUACCGCUUGAUGCACGUUUGGGCGACAACUCAACAGCGCAGCAACGUAUUCCGAUGACGAUUAUUCUGCAAAUACUAUAUGUUAUCGAUCUGGAUGCAGCCCAACAAAUGCUCAGAGCCUAUAUGGAUUUGGAGCUUACCUGGCAAGAUAUCCGUCUUGCUUGGGACCCGGAAGAAUUUGAUGGGAUUCCUUCAAUGACUGUCCAAUGUGAUUCUCUUUGGAUACCCAAUGAUUUCGUAGCAAACGCAAUUGCCAUUGAUGAAAUCCUCCCCGAUCGCUUCAAACAAUGCAAAUUCUAUUCAAAUGGCACCGUCAUAUUUCAGGGAUCUUAUAAUGCGGAUAUACAAUGCACUAUCAAUGUAGCAAAAUUUCCAUUCGAUACGCAAAAAUGCGCGAUUGAAUUUGCGACCACCACUUACGAUUGGUACCAAGUGAAUCGAAAAGGAGAACUCUUUACAAGAAAUGGACCUGAUUUCGCUGAUUCAGCGGCUGGGAACGGGGAAUUCUUGAUCAAAAAUGUGACGAUGAUAAAACCUACACUGAAUAAUUCAAAUCCCGAUGAAAGCAUCCUAGGAAUAGGAUAUUUGGCCAUUGCCCUGACAAGUAUGAUGUCGAUGACAACUUUUGUUGAUAUGGUUUCUCAACAAAUGCCGAAGACCAACCACUUCCCAUUAUUAGGCACUUUUGUCCUCAUCUGUGUUUUCAUCACUUCAGCUGCUUGUGUCGUUGUUGGAAUUCACAUCUACGGUUUCUCCUACGCGUUCUAUGUAGCCGGUCCGUUAGCUCGUUGCUUUCGCAAAGAGAUUGGACAGUGGAUGAUGCUGUAUUGGGCGUGUCUCUUUGAGCAACAAAUCAUUCUGAUCUUUUUCCACUUUCUCUAUCGUUACAUCACCGUUUGCAAAAACAAUUUGGUCGCAACAUUUAAAAAGUUCUCAAUUCGUCUCGGCUUGGCUCUUUUGGUCGGAACAGCUUUCCCAUUCGUGCUCGAGGGUAUUCCCUGUAUGACCUCGUUCACUUGCUCUUUCAACGGAAUCUAUCUCGGAUCGUGCAGCUAUCUAUUCAUUCCAAUCUCGGUCUAUCCUUUGUUGGACGCACUUUCAACGAUCUAUUUCAUCAAGAAUUAUCGAAAUGCAAUUAUGCAAGCACUUUUUGGACGAAGAGUCGCUUCUCAAGCGAGUCAAGGUGAUCGAUCUUUUGUCGAGUCGACAGCAAAGGGGAAAAACGAAUCAAGUCAUCGGUCUUCUUCGGAGAUCAAU